CAAACUUGGAUCACCUGAAUAUUGUCGGGAUUUAUUGCACGUCUCUUAAUGUGCGCGUCAACGUGAAAGACUUGCUCAACACCACAAAACCCGCGUUACGCACGAGUCAAAGCCAUCACCGUUAUGCGUGAAUUAAACCCUCAUCUGUGCAGGAUGAAGGUAACCUUUGGCUCUCUGGUGAUCACAGCCGGCAUCUGCGGCGUUCUGAGCUUCGCUUUUUUGGCGACUUCCCUCGGAACCGAAUACUGGUACAUCAUAGAGAUGAAUCCUGUGAAUACCAGCGACUUUGAGAACAUGAGCUCCCACUCGGGACUGUGGAGCAUCAACGAAGGUGGGAAGAUGACCACAGACUCGAUUGACUCCUUCACAACUGACUCCUCCAGGUACUCUGAGACUGAGCUGCUCAUGCUGAGCAUGCACAGUGCAAUAGUGGUAGUGCUUCCCUUCAGCCUGGUCCUGUUGCUGUUUGGUGGCAUCUGUGGAUUGGUCAGCUCCCUGGCACGGAGCCCCUUCCUCCUCACCGGCACAGCCUCCUUCUUCUUCAUCUGCAGUCUGCUGACGCUGUGUGGUGUGAGCCUCUACAUCCUCUACUCGGGCAAGGCCCUGGCUGAGACGGAGAGGCAGGUGGGGCCUGAGGGUCUGGCCUAUAUCCACACCUCCUUCGGCUGGUCUCUGGGUCUGGCCUGGCUCUCCUACGGCCUGGAGCUCCUCACCGGCGUACUGCUCCUCGUGGCUGCGAGAAUGGCCAAGCUGCAGCAAAGCAGUCCCGCCAUGGCCUGACAUAAGCCUCUACACUGGAUCCAACACAUUCAGAAGGGCUGACAAUCGAACUGUAGCAUGCACUUGCUACAUUUUGCACCCAGGUGGUUGAAACGGGGCAGGUUUUAACCCUCCUGUUGGCCUCGGGUCAAAUUUUACCCCUUUAAAAAAAAUGUACAUCUGAAAUAUGGGUUUCUUUUAAACCAAAUUACCACAAAAAAAAGGGAUUGGAUUCCAUUCCUGACUAAACUUAUUAUUCAUAAUUUCUUUACUCCAAUAUUAGGUAUAACUCUAUAUAAAUGAGGGAUAUUGACCAUAAAUACUGGUAGUAAGGUGACGUUAGUGAAAACUAAAAAAAAAAGUCUGAAAAGGUUUUUGACCCUGGAGGACAACACGGGUUAAACGUGCUUUUAGCUUCUUAACGUUAAUGUUUGAGAUGUCAUUACAAGUGCCUAGCCAUGUGAACUGAUUCAUUCCAAGUGAAGACAUUGAAUAUGACUGCAGUUUACGUUUUGGAAUACUGGAUUCAUGUGUGAGUUCAACAAUCGACUUGUGUGGACUUCACCGGAACUAAACAGAGCUGAAUUAGCACAACUUUUAUGCAUUUCUUUCACAUCUACUGCAGCCAUAUUCACUGUGUUCGGCAUGAAUCCGUUCACAUGACAAGGCACUUGUAAUGACAUCUCGAACAUGUUAAAACCUGCCCUGUUUCAGCCGCCUGCAUAACUCUGUGUAGGCAACACCAGUUAUUUUCAUUUUUCUCACUACUGACCACUCUGACCACAAACAUCAGAGCUACGUGUUGAAAUCGACCGGAAUCCUCUAUUAAGGCUCUCGCAAAAUACAAAUGUUGAGCUACAGAUGUUUUGGACUGUUAAAAUAGUGUUUUAUAAGUUUAAUAUCCCUAAAUCUGCAUCAGAUUGUCAGUCUGGUGAUUUACAGUGAGCAAAGUGAAGUGGUAUAUUUGACUAUUUGUGCCCUCUUGUGGUCAGAAUUGAAAAUGCUCCUGACCAUGUUAUUGUCAACUUAAAAUCAUAUACGUUUGUAUUCUCAUGUUAUAUUACCUAUAUUUUUCAAUCAUGCUAAUUAAUUUGAUGUAAUUGUUUAUAUGAUGACAUGUUAGUUAUACAGACUUGUCUGUGUUUUGAGCCCAGUGCUCUUACCGUUGAUUUCUUAGUGUUGGUGGAACUGUUCCCAUGUUCCUUCAGUAUGGUUUGAUACACAGCACUCUGUGUAUCAUAGUGUUUUUUUUUCUUGGUAACCAGUUACUGGAACAGAUUUGUUUUUUUACAUGAAUUUGAGCAGAUGUUCUCAAAUGUCUUUUGUUCCGCAAUAUCAGAGAGAGAGAGUGUGUUGUAUUAUUACAUCAGAUGUAUUUACUCCUUGUUAUGUAUGAGAGACAGCGAGAAUUUUAUUUGAGAUGUUCCAAUGGCAACCUAAACAUUCUGUGCAUCCACAAAGGACAGGGAGUGGGUGUGAGAUUCUACUUUAAACAAGCUGUGCUUUAAGGCAUCUCCAGAAAACUGAAGCCUCAUUUUGGGCAUCAGAUAAAAGGCAUGUAUCUCAAAAACCAAAACAUUUUAGAAAACAGGAGCUCUAUGUUGGCUUACCAAAAAUACUGUCACUGAACUGAGCCCUCGACCUUCAUAACUGCUAUGUUGUCUGUGUCUGGCCUUUUCCCACUGUAAACUGUUUCAGAUUGUAAACAUUUCAGUUAUACGGUCUUCUAAAAGAAAUGGAGUUAAUUAGUCUUCUAAUAGGUCUUUUUUUUUUUUUUAAUAGAAUGAAAUAUUCCAUGCUCAUUCAAGAACAUCACAGUGCUGCUAGAAAAUGACAGAGUGACUAUCCAGAAAUGAAAUUGAAAUUAUCUCAGUUAUGUGAAACAAACUAUUCAUAGAUUCAGUCAUUGUAUGAUACAGUGUU